CCCAUACCCGUCAGCCACCCCGGCCAAAGGUGUAUAUAUAAUGUUGAAGCAGGUGAAAUAAGCACUAGUGUCUGGACAGUCGCCCUCGUCGCACCUUUACACUAAACAGGCAUGGCUGACGACGAUACCUGUGCGCUUGUGGUCGACAAUGGCUCCGGCAUGGUCAAGGCCGGAUUCGCCGGAGACGACGCCCCUCGCGCCGUCUUCCCCUCCAUCGUUGGCCGCCCCCGUCACCAGGGUGUGAUGGUCGGUAUGGGUCAGAAGGACGCCUACGUCGGCGAUGAGGCCCAGAGCAAGAGAGGUAUUCUGACUCUCAAGUACCCCAUCGAGCACGGUAUCAUCACCAACUGGGACGACAUGGAGAAGAUCUGGCAUCACUCCUUCUACAACGAACUCCGUGUUGCUCCUGAGGAAUCUCCCGUCCUCCUCACUGAGGCUCCCCUCAACCCUAAGGCCAACCGCGAGAAGAUGACCCAGAUCAUGUUCGAGACCUUCAGCUGCCCCGCCAUGUACGUGGCCAUCCAGGCCGUGCUGUCCCUGUAUGCCUCUGGUCGUACUACUGGUAUCGUGUUGGACUCUGGAGACGGUGUGUCUCACACUGUCCCCAUCUACGAAGGUUUUGCUCUUCCUCACGCUAUUCUGCGUCUCGACUUGGCUGGACGUGAUAUUACUAACUACUUGAUGAAGAUCAUGACUGAGCGUGGCUACUCCUUCACCACCACGGCCGAGCGUGAAAUCAUCCGUGAUAUUAAGGAAAAGCUUUGCUAUGUCGCCCUCGACUUUGAGAACGAGAUGGCCCAAGCUGCUGCUUCCACAUCGCUGGACAAGUCCUAUGAACUUCCCGACGGUCAGGUCAUCACCAUCGGCAACGAGCGCUUCCGUGCCCCCGAGUCGUUGUUCCAGCCUUCCUUCCUUGGCAUGGAGUCAGUCGGAGUACACGAAACGGUCCACAACUCCAUCAUGAGGUGCGACAUUGACAUCAGAAAGGACCUGUUCGCCAACACCGUCAUGUCUGGAGGUACCACCAUGUACCCUGGUAUCGCUGACCGUAUGCAGAAGGAAAUUACUGCUCUUGCUCCUUCCACCAUCAAGAUCAAGAUCAUUGCUCCUCCCGAGCGUAAAUACUCCGUCUGGAUCGGCGGUUCCAUUCUUGCUUCUCUGUCCACAUUCCAAGCCAUGUGGAUCACCAAGGAAGAAUACGACGAAUCUGGCCCUGGUAUCGUCCACCGCAAAUGCUUCUAAGAACUUAAUAAUAUGACUGUUAUCAUUGUUUAUUUUCAUCAAUAAAUUGCCAAUCCAAUUUAGAUUCCUCAUACACAGGACAUUUAUGCAUCCUCAUUCUCUCAUGAUUAUAUGGACAUCUUUCAUCGUACUUAGUACAUACAACAAAUAAUUGCUGAAUACAGUGAAAUACAAAAAAA